UCCAUAGUUAUCAUCCAGGUUAUGUAGCAUAGAUUUUCAAGAAUAUUGCACAGUCAUUAUGGAGCGCGAACGCCUAUGUUGGAUGGAUGUACUAGGCAGCGAUACCUCGGGUGGAAAAGAGAGUGCAUUCAAACUGGUUUUCAUAGGGACUGAGUAACUUCUUUAACUUACUUCCUGGUGUAACAACCCGUUAGCAGGAAGAACUGCGUGUCUGGAAAAGAAAACGGACACGUGGAUUAUCAUUGCUCCUCUAUUUCCAGGCAAGAGCCACGGGAAAAAAAACAUCCUCUCUGUGGCUAUCUGUCCUUAUUCUCCCGUGCUCUUCACCUCAUCACACUGCAAUACAAUAACGGAUCCUCGUUAAACGAAAGGAAAUGAUACGUGGGCGCGAACAUCGAUCAAAGCGUUUCUUUUUGUCGGCUUUCCUCACUCAUUCCAUAGCCCACUGAACUGCGACGUGCAGGAAAAAGCAAAUCUCAAACAUUAGCAUCUCUAGUUGAAUGGCAAUUCUGCAAAAACAUGGAAAGAUCUCUGGUCCAGAUUUGGUCUGCCUCAAAGAAACCCCGCCUGACACAAUCGGUGACGCCGGAGGUCAUCAGAAUAAUUGGAGUGAACAUAACACGAACUGGCCCAGACCCCUGGCGCGGGUAUGGACGGUGGUGCUACUGCUGGGGACCUGUCUGCUGUACUGUGCCCGCGUGGCCAUGCCCAUCUGUGCCGUCAGCAUGGCCGAGAAGUUUAACUGGACCAAGAGGGAACAGGGCAUGGUGCUGGGCAGCUUCUUCUGGGGCUACUGCUUCACACAGGUCCUUGGAGGCUACGUCAGCGACAGGGUUGGAGGUGAGAAGGUGCUCCUGCUGUCUGCGGCGGCCUGGGGGGCGAUGACAGCCUUCACACCCGUCCUGGCCCACUUCUGCUCUCAGCCCAUCUUCUCCAUGACGCUGGCCCGCUUCCUGAUGGGGCUGCUGCAAGGUGUGCACUACCCAUCUCUGGUGAGCCUGUGUUCUCAGAAGGUGGUGGAGAGUGAGAGAGGAUUCCUCAUGAGCACUGUGGGCAGUGGCUCCUAUCUGGGGACACUGGUGAUUGGGGGGGCUGGUUCCCUCAUGCUGGACCUGUAUGGUUGGGAGAGUGUGUUCUAUGUGUCUGGUCUGCUCUCUGUCCUCUGGGCGUACUGCAUGUGGAAAUACCUGCUCAAAGGGGACGGACCUAUCAUCACAUUGGAGUCGCUGGGUCGUGGAGGGCCCCGGUCCAAACUCUCCAGGAGACACUGGCUCCGUCUCUUCAAACAACCUGCUGUCUGUGCUGUGAUUAUUACGCACCUUUGCACUGCGAGCACCUUCUUCACAAUGUUGUCAUGGCUACCGACUUACUUCAAGGACACCUUCCCUGAUGCCAAGGGUUGGGUGUUUAAUGUUAUCCCAUGGUUUGUGGCCAUCCCCUCUUCUCUCUUCAGUGGCUGUCUCUCUGACCACCUUAUCAGCCGAGGGUUUGACACUGCUGCUGUGAGGAAGCUUAUGCAGUUCUUCUCCAUGGGUGUGUCCAGUGUGUUUACCCUCCUGCUGUGUGGCACCACCACCUUCCCCAUAGCUGUGGCCUUUGUCUCUGCCACCAUGGGUCUCACCACCUUCAGCCACAGCGGUGUGUCUGUGAAUGUUCAGGACCUGGCUCCGUCAUGUGCUGGGGCUCUGUUUGGUGUUAUGAAUACCUGUGGAGCAUUCUCAGGUGUGCUGAUGGUGUAUUUCUCGGGGUAUCUGAUUGAGGCUACAGGGUCGUGGGCGUCUGUCUUCACCCUCAUCACUGUGGUGAACCUGGUGGGCCUGGUCACCUUCCUGGCCUUCGCUGAGGCCCGCCGGGUCGACAUGGACUCUUCCAAGGGCCACUACCACGACAUCCACAUCUGAGUCCCAAGCCCUGGUCCCUCAACAACCACCUUUUAAACUGAGGGGCCAAAACGGGACCAGGUCCCACACUAUCCACAUCUGAGUCCCCAAAACAGGACCAGAACCUAUGCCCAUGUACCACAGAAUGCACACUGGAGACUUAAAUAUAGAAAGAGAACAGCGAGAGCCUUGGGCUGUUGAAUGUAUUAAAACAUCCACAUCAGAAUUUGAGAAGUGAAAGAAGUGAAACAGUAGUGAAAGUCAAUCCUAGAUGUUUGUCAGAUCAUAGUGUUUCUUCUAUAUUAAUUUAACAACUCAAUUGUUUCUCUCUGUAUAGACAUUCGUGGAUUUGGCAAUUUCAGCUACACCUGUUGCUGACAAGCACACAGCCAUGUCAUCUCUAUAGACAAACAUUAGCACAAUAAAAUGGCCUUACUGAA